CGCGCCGGAAAUUGUCUAGUGAGCAACACGUCAUAUUCAUGCGUCGUGCGCGCUCACCGUUGGGCCCACGCAGGAUUGAACGUCUGAACUACAAACAUGGCUCGAAACGCAGAAAAGGCCAUGACGGCCUUGGCCAGGUUUCGUCAAGCCCAGCUUGAAGAGGGAAAGAUUAAGGAAAGAAGACCUUUUCUUGCUUCGGAGUGUAACGAGUUACCCAAAGCAGAGAAGUGGAGAAGACAGAUUAUAAGUGAGAUUUCAAAAAAGGUUGCCCAGAUUCAAAACGCUGGUUUGGGUGAAUUUAAGAUUCGUGAUUUGAAUGAUGAAAUCAACAAACUUCUCAGAGAAAAAGGACACUGGGAAGUCCGAAUCAAGGAGCUGGGAGGACCUGACUAUAGGAGAGUGGGGCCGAAAAUGUUAGACCAUGAGGGUAAAGAGGUACCAGGAAACAGAGGAUACAAGUAUUUCGGUGCAGCAAAAGACUUGCCAGGAGUCAGAGAGCUGUUUGAAAAAGAGCCUGUACCACCACCCAGAAAAACACGAGCUGAGCUGAUGAAGGACAUAGAUGCUGACUAUUACGGUUAUAGAGAUGAAGACGAUGGCGUUUUAGUACCAUUGGAGCAGGAAUAUGAGAAACAAGUCAUAGCAGAGGCUGUUGAGAAAUGGAAAGCUGACAAAGAGGCUCGAUUAGCUGUUGGUGGAGGCGUGAAAGACACAGAAGAGGAGGAGGAAUAUAUUUACGCUGUCAGAGAUGAAGAGUCUGAUGAUGAAACGGGAGAACAGAUGGAGGGAGAAGAUGGUUCACAGUUCAUCGCUCAUGUUCCUGUUCCCUCGCAGAAGGAGAUUGAGGAAGCCCUGGUGAGACGGAAGAAAAUGGAGCUGCUGCAAAAAUAUGCCAGUGAGAGUUUGAUGGCACAGAGUGAAGAGGCCAAAACAUUACUUGGUUUAUAGUGGGAUCAGUCAGUUGGGUUGGAAUGAGUUCAUAUUCCAUUGUGUUGUGUACAAUCUUACACACCUAUGAACGUUGAGGCCAGAGUUGUGUCUUUUCAGCACAAGAUGAUAGUUGGCAUUGCCAUUAUUUACAUGUGUGCUGUGUAAGAAACAGAUUUGAUGUGAUUAAAGAUGCUUAAAGGAGAAGUUUACUUCUAGAACAAAAAAUUACAGAUAAUUGACUCAUCCCCUUUUCAUCCAAGAUGUUCAUGUCUUUCUUCGGUUGAUAAGAAAUUAUGUUUCUUGAAGAAUACAUUUCAGGAAUGUUCUCCUUAUAGUGGACUUCAGUGGUGCCUCCUAGUUUGAACUUCCAAAAUGCAGUUUAAAUGCAGCUUCAAAUGGCGCUAAAAGAUCCCAGCCAAGGAUGAAGGGUCUUAUCUAGCAAAACGAUUCGUCAUUUUCGAAACAAAUUGACAAUUUAUAUCCUUUUUAAACUCAAAUGCUCGUCUCUGUCUCUGCGCAUGAGUAGUCUGUCUAAUCCGGGUCAAUACAGUUAGGGUAUGUCAAAAAAAAACUCCCGUCUUGUUUUCUUCAAUGUCAAAAUCAUCCUACAUUGCUGUUUUACCUUUUUGCGUUUGAUCUUCUUUGCAUGUUCACUUUAUAAACACUGGGUCGGUACUUUUGCAGUGAUGUAGGAUGAUUUUGAAGUUGGGGAAGAAAACGAGAUGGGAGUUUUUUGACAUACCCUAACUGUAUUGACCAUAUUGAACCAGAAAAAAAGCAGAUUUCAUGCAGAGUUAGACAAGACGAGCGGUUGAGGUUAAAAAGUAUAUAAAUUGUCAGUUUGUUUAGAAAAUGACCGAUCAUUUUGUUAGAUAAGACCCUUCUUCCUCGGUUGGGUUCGUUUAGAGCCAUUUGAAGCUCCAUUUACACUACAUUUUGUUAGUUAAAACUUGGGGGCACCAUUGAAGUCCACUAUAUUGAGAGAAUUCCUGAUUUUUUUUUUUUUUCCUCAAGAAGCAUAAUUUCUAAUCGACUGAAGAAAGAAAGACAUGAACAUCUUGGAUGACAAGCAGGGGAGUAAAUUAUCUGUAAAUUUUUGUUCUGGAAGUGAACAACUUCUUUAAGUGAUGGCAAUGGAAGUCAUAAAUGUCAAAGGCACACAAAAGCCAUCUUAACUUGACAUGGUCAGUAUAAUGCUUAUUAACUGUACAGUCAACAUUAGAUCAUAUAAGAAUUUAAUUAUUAAACUGUCAUACACUGAGUUCACCUAAAGUCUAUGUUACAUCUGUGUAAUUUGGACCAUACCUUUGACGUUAAAAAACAAUAUUGUUAUGCUGAUCAUGUCAAAUUGUGUGUUACAUUUAAGUAUGAACUGUUUUUGAAAAAGGAAAAACAGCUUUGUUUGUUCAGCCUGUGAAAAGAGCACAGUUCAAAAAUCGCUGUAAAUAUUUUGUAUGUUCAUUUUCCCUUCUUGGACAACUAAACUGCUUUUUUUU